AAAAAAAAAAAAAAAAAAAANAAAAAAGAGAAGGAAGGAGAAGGAGAGAGGAGAAGUGUGAUUCGACCGAUUCUCUAAUCGUGGAGUUCUCAAUUUACAAGGAAUCUGGAAUAUUGUGUGGGUUUUUUAUUUGCCGGAGAUGAGAAGCGGCGGGUUGGAAAUGAUGUCAUCUUCGUCGGGGAUUUUGUCGUCUUCUUCGGCGGCAGCAAUCGUAGCGCUUAAUCUCAAGGAGGCUACGAAUUGGUGGUCGGAUGUGAAUGAAUCUCCGGUGUGGCAAGAUCGUAUCUUUCAUAUCCUCGCUGUUCUUUAUGGGAUUGUUUCCGUCAUUGUUGUGGUUCAAUUGAUAAGAAUACAAUUGAGGGUUCCUGAAUACGGCUGGACGACGCAAAAGGUCUUUCAUUUUCUCAAUUUCCUGGUGAACGGAGUUCGAGCUCUAGUUUUUGUCUUCCGGAGAGAUGCACAGAAGAUGCAGCCAGAGAUUCUGCAACAUAUGUUGCUUGACAUUCCAAGUCUUGCUUUCUUCACUACAUAUGCGCUCCUGGUGCUCUUUUGGGCAGAAAUAUACUACCAGGCACGUGCUGUAUCUACUGAUGGGCUGAGGCCAAGUUUCUUCACAAUUAAUGCAGUUGUAUAUGUAAUUCAGAUUGCUCUUUGGUUGGUAUUGUGGUGGAAGCCUGUUCACCUUAUGGUAAUCAUUUCUAAGAUGUUCUUUGCAGGUGUCUCAUUGUUCGCGGCACUUGGCUUUUUACUAUAUGGAGGAAGGCUUUUCCUGAUGCUUCAACGAUUUCCAGUAGAAUCUAAAGGGCGGCGCAAGAAGCUACAAGAGGUUGGAUACGUGACAAGCAUAUGCUUUACAUGUUUCCUCAUCAGAUGCAUCAUGAUGUGCUUUGAUGCGUUUGACGAUGCAGCAGAUCUCGAUGUCUUAGAUCACCCAAUCCUAAACUUCAUAUACUAUCUGUUGGUGGAGAUAUUACCUUCGUCUCUGGUCCUCUUUAUCCUAAGAAAGCUUCCACCAAAACGCGGUAUCACACAGUACAGUCCAAUCCACUGAACAUGUUCAGAUAAUCGAAACACUGAGGUACCGGUAAAUCGAGGGGUUCUUGUUCCUUUCAUAGAAAAAGAUGUACAUUGUAAGGGGGGUUGCAGAACAAUGUGGUUGUGAUGUCUCUCUAACUAAUUCGAUGUGGUUGAUUAGUAAGUAUAGUCUCUCUUGUUUAUACAGAUCCAAAGUAGUUUGGUGAUAUAUGGACCUUGGCUUGUCAUUCCAGUCGAAGUAGUCUUGACUGGUUGGUGUUAUUCUACUGGUCUUUUUCCACCUCUGUCUACUGAAAGUUAGGUGAAAUUUUCCAAGAACU